AUCACGUUAUCAUUGGGAAAAAAACAACAACAACAACAAAUAUUGAUUGAAAUAAUGAUGUGUGGAUAUUGUAAAAUCCAAAUUGCAUUCCAUUUUUUUUAAUUCAUCCACUGUUUCACCAUUGUAAACACACACACACACACACACAAUCAUAAAACCAACUCCCAAAUCUAAAGUUUUUGAUACGCAAUUCCUAAAUAAUAAUAAUAAUAAUAAUAAGUUUUUUUUGCAUUUGUAUCAAUUAACCAACUUUUUUUCUUGUUUUCUCUCACUGUGUGUGUUUGUUUGUGAACAAUUUUAUUUUUCAAAUUCAUAAAAUUAAUACCAAUACAGAAUGGGGGCCACUCAUCAUGAAAAUCUUGUUCCAUUAAAAAUGGGUGUAUAUGCAACGAAUUUUAUGCUUUGGAGCUUAGGAAUCGUAUUGAUGGGUAUUUGCAUAUGGAUCCGAUCGGAUUCAGCAUUAUGGGCAUAUGGUGAUAAUAUGGAUAUUUAUCGUUAUUAUCAAGCAACAUACAUAUGUCUAGCAAUCAGUGCAUUGAUUUUGGUUAUGGCUUUUCUUGGCUGUCUUGGUGCUGCCCAUGAAUUUAAAUAUCUAAUGUUUUUCUAUUGUAUAAUGUCCGGUAUAUUGAUCAUAUUGGAGAUUGCAGCUGCCGUACUUGUAUGGCGAAUACCCGGUGGUGAUGCAUUACAAUAUCAUCUUGGUCAUGAAUUCAAAUGGCAUAUGGAACAAAGACUUUACAAUACAAAAUCACGACAAUUUCUUGAUCUUAUUCAAUUAAAAUUAGAAUGUUGUGGUGCAGAAACAAUGUUGGAUUAUAGAAAAAUGUAUCAGGAUAUACCGGCUUCAUGUAAUUCACCACGUACGAAUAAUAUUAAUAUUCGGAGCUGUGCUGAAAUGCUACGAAGAUAUCUGGAGAAACGUGGUGGUGCCGUUGGUGGUAUAGUUUGUUCAUUGAUUCUGGUAGAAUUUGGUUCAUUAUUAUUCUCAUUUCUACUACUACGACAAAGUGAAGAAUAUAAAAAUGAUAUGAAACAAUAUGGCUAUCGAUAAAACCAACAACAGUACAACAACAAUUUCAAUCAAUUUACCGGGUUUUUUUUCUCUAUUUAGAUUUUCAAUCCUAAAUCAUUGUUCUCAUUAAUCACACAUUUUUUUUUGAAUCCAUUUUCCCUCCAUACGUACACAUAUAUUAAUUGCAUCCAAUUUUUUUUUAAAUUCUUUUUUGAUCAUAUAAAAAAUCAAUUGUGUUCAAAGAGAUAAUU